CCUUACUUAGGCCUGUCCUCUAUUAUAAUUAUUAUCAUCAUAAUGUCUUACAAUCAUUUUGGGCCUAGCAACAGCAGUGCAGUGUAGUGUGGUAUAGCUGGCUAGAUACACGAUUGGCACCAUCAUACUCUUUGAUUAGCACAACCACAAACAGGCCACAUUCUUACGAUCCCAACGACGUAAACGCCAAGUGCGGGAAGUGCCUGUUUGGGUUACCCACCUGUUUCGCCUUUGCAUUAUGUUAGAUUAGCUUAAUUAGCCCAGUAAGAAUAUCGACGAGAAGUAGAGCGGCACAAUAGUGCGCCAUACGUAUUUUAAGCAAGAUUGUUGCCCUCUUAUUUGUUAAAAGUCCAGAAUUCUGGAGAGAACAAGCUGAAUUGGUUCGUAGUGUACCGAAGGGCGUGAAGAUCGUCCUUGUCAGUGUCGAUACCUCACACGUAUAUACUAUUUACGUGACAGUGGCUGAAUAUUAUUACUUAUUAUGUCCCAGUUUGUACUGAUGGAUGUGUUCCAAGCAUUCAAUGAAGUACCACUGUAUCACAUUUGUUUAGAAGUUUUUCUAUUGCUGAUGGUUCUGUGGCUAAUUUUUCAUCAAAGUUAUAAUCCUAAUGAAACAGGAGAUUUGUCGAAAGAGGAAUUGCAAGCUUUGAUAGAUGAAUGGACUCCAGAAGAACUUGUUUCAGAUGUAGAUCAGAAUCAUAGGGCACUGCAUCCUCGUGUCAUUACAAGCAAGGCUCAAAAAUAUAUUAGCAUAGAUAAUAACAAAUGUUUAAAUUUGGCUACCCACAAUUACCUCAAUUUCGUAGGUAAUGAGAUUAUCGAAAAAAGCGCUAUUGACACUAUUCACAAAUAUGGUGUUGGUUCAUGUGGACCUAGAGGAUUUUAUGGAACUGUUGAUGUUCACUUAGAUCUUGAAAAUAAAUUGGCUGAAUUCAUGGAAAUGGAGGAAGCAGUUGUUUACUCAUAUGGAUUUUCCACUAUAGCAUCAGCUAUUCCUGCAUAUGCAAAAAGGAGUGAUGUGAUAUUUGUUGAUGAGAAGGUUAACUUCGCAAUUCAGAAAGGCCUUGAUGCUUCUCGAAGUCGCCUUAAAUUUUUUAAGCACAAUGAUACAAAUGAUUUGGAAAGUUUGCUUCUUGAACAAGCAGAAUUGGACAAAAAGAAUCCAAAGAAAGCAAAUGUGACACGAAGAUUUCUUAUUGUGGAAGGCAUUUAUAUGAAUACUGGGGAAAUUUGCCCUUUGCCUGCUCUUAUUGAACUUAGGAAAAAAUACAAAUUGAGAAUUUUUGUGGAUGAGAGUGUGUCCUUUGGAACCUUGGGGGUAACUGGUAGAGGUGUCACAGAGUACUUUGAUGUUCCUAAACAAGAUGUGGACAUGAUCAUGUGCAGUAUGGAAUGGGCAUUAGGAACAAUAGGGGGAUUUUGUGUUGGUUCAUCUUUUAUUGUAGAACAUCAGCGUUUAUCAGGGUUAGGUUAUUGCUUUUCUGCAUCACUACCUCCCCUGCUGACAGUGGCUGCCAGCAAAGCAUUGGAUAUCAUGACAAAGGAUAUAACAAUAUUUAGUGAUUUGAAGGAUUGCUGUGAAUUGAUGCAUUCUGCUCUAGAAACAAUUAAUGGCCUCAAGACAAAAAGCCACAAACAUUCACCUGUAAAACAUUUGGUUCUAUCAGAUGAAUGUGUAUUUAACAUUCCUCGAGAACAAGUGCUUUAUGAAAUAUCAAAUUAUUGCAUUCAACAUGGCAUUGCUGUGAUUGUGCCAACAUACUUGGAGAAAGUGGAGAAAUUCACACCAACGACAAGUAUUCGCCUAACUGUAAAUAAUAAACUUUCAAGUGAAGAAAUUAAACAAGCAUGUACAGUGCUCCAAGAAGCGUGUAAUGCUUUAAUGAGUCAUUGAAAUACAUAAUUUUCUACUACCCCACCUACUGUCGUGUGCUUUUUAGUCAUUAUAGUAGACAAGAAAAAUAGUGAGAAUUCUGCACUAUUGUUUUAAAGAGUCAUCUCCAUAGUUUUGUAAUUACAUUAUUACAGAAUAUUCAAUCAUCAAGCAAUUCGCAUUAUCUGAGGAAGGUGUAAUCAAAAGUCGUAUUCUUCUUUCACCAUUGUGAGUGAGCUGUGUUCCUUCAACAGUGCCUCUUAGUAUGUAGUUUGUAUGAAUUAUUAUCCUAAAGUAUUAUACUCAUAUGAAGGGGCCCAUAAAUUAAGACUUGUAAGAACCUUAUGCUUUCAAAAUAAUUUUGAGAGCAUAUUUACAUGAAUAUAAAUUUUUAGACAAAUUCAAAAAAGGUGUAACAAAUGAAAGGGCUGCUUAACCUAUUAACAGGCAAUGUUCUCAUUGAAGACAGCAAGGGUAUACAUUUUUGUAAGGAACUGAGGUAACCUAAUGUUGCCAGGGUAUUUAUUACAAUCGUGUAUUAAAGAGGAAUACAUAUUUGUCAAUAGUUUCAAGCUCUGCUUUACUCCAAUUCACCCUCCCCACUGUGCUUUGCCCCAGCCUCUCUCCAUUUGCCUUGCCCCUUCCUGACCUAUCCUAUCCCAUCCCAUUUCGCUUCACACCUUGCCUGGCUCCACCCUAUUUUGCAAUACCACUGCUCCCCAAUAUCUAGUUAAAUCUGGAACACAUUAAACCAGAAUUAAGGAAAGCUCAUUAAUGGUAUUUAUAGAUGAAAGUAUUCUGUUGAACUAUUCCAAGUUAAGAACUAUCAGUAAAGAAAAUUUUCUGAAAAUUGUAUUACGAGUUGAAAAGAUGGAAGUUGUGUAUUAAUUGUUAUAAUAUAAAAUAAUAUAUUUAGAAUUUUGAUCUUGUUGACUGGAGGAAAACAUUUAGUGGGUCUACGUGUGUAUGUUUUUUUAUAGUUUAUAAUUUAAAAAGCUAUUGAUUAUAAUCAAUAAUAAAUUGGAGCCUACAGUGCGUGGCAGUGUUGUAUUCUAAAAUUAAUAUCUGCUGAUAACUAAACGGUAAUAUAUAUCUAAACAAUGCAACAUAAUUUUUUCUGUUAAAAAAUAUAAGUUCAUAAUUUCUUUUCUAAAGAAACCUCAACAGUAGAAUGUUUGUACAGAGACCAUUUUGGACUAUUGAUUUACAAAAAAAGAUAGAAUUGGGUAGAUUGUAUGUGUGUGUGUGUGUGUGUGACAUGUCAUAUAAGUGUGUAUGUAGCCGCUGGUGCCACAAUUAGGGGGUUCCCCAUAUUUUAUGAUAUUCAAUAUUUAGGUAACUUGUAUUUUGCCUUAUUCGAAAUUUUAAUCUUAAGGAUGUGUCACACAGUUCAUCAUUGUCCUUUUAUUUGCAGUCUUGGGUCAAAGCUCACAGAAAUUGCCCUAAACAUUGUGGAUAUUCCACACAACACAAAAAGUUAUGCAACAAAAAAUUGUGAAAAGCAGAGACACCAGUUAAAAAAUUACUCAGAUACAAAUCCUAAAAAAUCCAACAUUUCAUUCUGUGUAGAUUGCUUUGAUCCUUUCUGUUAGAACUAAAAAUGCUCCAAAAUUAAAUGCUUCAUUGUAUUAAAUCCAGAUUUCAUUGUUUUAGCAAAAACUUCCAAGAAGCAAUUCAGUUUUCUAUGGUUUUACGUACCACAUUCAACAAAUGCUCGAAUUUCAUGCUCGCCCAUCUAGAAUUCAAAUAAAAUUAAAUGAAGCAUAUGUGCUUGAUCUUAAGAUUUAAUAUGAAUUCAAUUGGCUGUGAUAACUCAGUGGCAACAUUGUCUGUUCAGCAUCGUUGACUGAGUGGUCCAGGGCUGUAGCUCCUAUAGUGGCAUAUUUUCAACAGUAGACACACCAAGGACAGCAUGUGAUCUUUCCUUCUUUAACCUUGUCCACUUCUCUCCUCUUACAGUCACUUACAUGCAUUACACUAUCUCGGGAGCAUAGAGCAUACUGAGGAUGGGGCAGUGCCUCACGGAGGGAAAUUUCCAGAGGAUGGGGAAACCAUGCAAAUCAGUGUGUCAUCACCAGAUCUCCCUUCGAGCUGGGGAGGAUCACCACCACCACCUCUCAAGAUGUAACAUGCAUUCCACUUUCAGAACUAAUGACCAGAAGCAGUUGACACACCAAGAAUCAAUUCAUUCAAUUUCACUUUCCUUGUCCUUGGGAGAAAUGGAAAAAUAAAAAUUUGUGCUAUAAUGGGUUUGAAUUCUGAGAAUUUUUAACUGUAAAGUAAUAGUGAUAUUCAAAAGUCAUUGAAUUUAUUCUUAUUGCAGGAUAAUCAAGAUAUAAAUUGGCCAUUCAUUAAAAUAUUAUAUUGCCUCAUUUACUUGAUUCUCUAACUGCUUUUUAAUUUUGAAGUCAAAUUUUUAUGUUAAUUUUGAAUCUUUGAGUUGUGAAAAUUCACUAAUCAUUCUGAAUUCAGUGAAAGAGAAUGAUGUUUUCCCUUUUUCUUAUCAAACAAAACUCCUAGCCCUCCCUCGGAGCAGUACUCCAAAAAUAAUUUAGUCUGGUAUUGUGUAUCCCAGUGUCUUGGACAGUGGUGGCUUGUACCUAUGGUAGCAUGUUUGUGCUACACCAAAAAACAUUUUGACAUUUAAAAAUCUAUUUGUUACAUGCAAUAUGUGUAUUUGUUCUUAUUUGUGUUACUACUCUCAAAAGCCAUUAUCAGAACGUAAUUUUUCUACAAAUCCGAUACUAGAGAACGAGACAAAUAUAUACUACGGAAAUUUGGUGUUUGACUCUGAGAUGCUACCAACUUGACCCAAUGGUAAAGCAUAAUGAUGGGGAAACCGUAAGCUGUCAAUAGAGGACCACAGAGAGUGUAGUUCUCUGAUGGUAGUCGAUCACCUCAAAGACAUAGGGAGGGGCAUGUGAAUGACCUUUAGAUCACAUUCAUGUACAUCGCAUACUCCGCAGACCAAAAAAAUCCCAGAGAGGGCAGGGGUGAGCAAAUUUUAUGAGAAGGUUGCAAAUUGGGCACAGCAAAUACAUUGGUAGAUGAUUCAUAGACAAAAAAAGUGUAUUACAGUUUUAGUAUAAAUUUAUGUUUAAAAAGGAAACAUAGAAACUUUAAUAGUUAUUCAAUAAUGUUUAUCUUACAAAAUUCAAGUAAUACUAACUCUUUACAUUCUCUGUGAGGGGUGGGCAGUACUGAUCCUGCUAAAUUGUGCCCGAGUUCUUGGCUGCCUUCAAGUGUCUGCACUACCUUAUUGAUAGUUAUAUUUAUUGACAGUGGAAACUAGGCCACCCACCAACUUUUUUGUUAACAUAGUGUCACCAGCUGCCACUGGUUCCAGAUGAUGUAAUUCAGGAAGGCCAGGCAUGGUACCAUUCUUCCAUGUUUAAUCAGUUACCAUGUAUUAUUUCAUUAAAUUACAUGAGUAACAUGAAUGUCUGAAUUCAAUUUAACAAUUGGCCAGGUAACUUGUACUAAAUAAUUUAAUUGCUCUUUUUGUAAUUAAAUAUCAAUUUCAUGGAAGACAAACUAAUUCAGUGCAAGAAUUUUCACUCUACCAAUAUUUCCAAAGAAAUAAGAUUUUGUAAAUUUCUGCGUUGGAAAAUUACCAAAAAAUAACCAGUAUUUUUGUUUACAAAUUCCUUAGUCACCUCAGUUGUAAGAGUGCUCUGAAGUAUGUGCAUGAUUUAUUUUUUUAAUAAAAUACAUUUGAAGGAUGUGACCUAUUUGGAAGGAUACUUUAUAUUAUUGUAUUUAAAAACUGAUGCUUAUUGUAAUAAAAUACAAU